AUCGAAAAUGGGAGCAAGUAGAAGUUAAUGAAGUUUUUAUUACCAAUAAACCCAAGCUUGAAUCUGUACUGAUAUUGAAUCGGCUAUGGUUCCAAGAAAAUGUAAUGAAACUAGACUUUCCAAAUAAAACUCUUACAUUGCUCAAUGGAAUUAGUUGCAAGAACAUUAAAGAAAAGAAACUUCAGGAUCAAGAAUCACUUACAAUACUUCCUGAAGAGGAAAGACCUCAAGACCUCAACUCAGAUGCUCAUUCACGCAAUAGCAUAUCAUCCGAAGCAUCGGCUAAUUCAGAUGGUAGUAAAUUACCUCCAAAAGGCAAAAUAUGUAGCGAAGCGAAUUCAAAGUGUAAGAAAAGUCUAGGCAAGCUUAAGCGAGAAUUAUUUACUCCUGAGUUGUCUUCACAAGAGCCAUCAAUAGAACAAUAUCAUGCAACUGAAAUUUCCGAGACAUUAUGUCCCGGAAAAGUUACUUCUGGUGACAAUUCUAGCAUUGAUAAGGCCUCACAACAUCUAGCUCAGUUAUGUGAUAAAGCUUUUGAUGCUGAAGAUAGAGCGAAUCGAGCUAAUCAGAAGGAAAUUUUAUGCUGGUCCCUCUAUUCGAAGGAUUUCAGAAUUCAGCUCAACGAGAUUAUAGAAAAUAGCGGCGGUAAAAUUGGUGAAAAGAAAGCAAGAGGCUUACUGUAUGAUUCCAUUACAGAACAGCUUAAUUUACUUCGCAAACAAAUAUCCCAAGAAUUAG